AUGCAUCAGCUGCAGCAAAAUUUAGCAGAUGCAGCAGCAGCAGCAGUACAGCAGCAGCAGCAGUACAGCAGCAGCAUAGCAGCAGCACUGCAGCAGCAGCAUCAAUGUAGCAGCAGCACCAACGCAGCAACAACAGCACCAACGCAGCAGCAGCAGCAGCACCAACGCAGCAGCAGCAGCAGCAGUGCAGCAGCACCACCACCACCAACGCAGCAGCAGCAGCACCAACGCAGCAGCAGCACCACCACCACGAAGGCAGCAGCAGCAGCAGCAGCAGCAGCAGCAGCAGCAGCAGCAGCAGCAGCAGUUACGGUUUGCGGAGUGGUCGAGGAGUUUGGUUUGGAGAGCAGCAGCAAGUCGAAGGGAGAGGUGGUUGGAUUUAUUAAAGCGAAUUUGCCGCUGCCCCCCAACAGCAGCAGCAACAGCAGCAGCAGCAGCAAAAAGGCCCUCCUGCAGCCGCUGAAAAACACUUUCUUCAAAGGCCCCCCACGCCGCCACGGGCUGCGUCUGCAGCAGCAGCAGCAGCAGCAGCAGCAGCAGCAGCAGCAGCACAGCAGCAGCAGCGGGGCAGCAGCAGCAGCGGGGCAGCAGCAGCAGCAGCGGGGAAGCAGCAGCAGCAGCAGCAGGGCAGCAGCAGCAGCAAGAACAAUCAAUUUGAAGCAAAUGAGAAGCGCAGCAAUAAGCAAACAAAGCAAAUAA